UAAACAAUCGUGAUGCAAUUGCAAAGCAAUUACCACGUGUUUGCAUGUAUCGCAGGUGUCUGCAUCUAGAUAGGCCUAAAUACUAGCCAGAUGCAUGUGCAUAUAACUCCUACCAAUGAACAACACUCGAAAUUUACUACCGGAUUGUAAGUAACAAGAGGGAGGGUUACCUGGAAUGGCCAGAAUAUUUUAUGGCUAUAGCUUUUCUGUCGGCGCAGCGGAGUAAAGACCCGAAAACACAGGUUGGAGCAUGUAUAGUGAAUACAGAAAACAAGAUAGUAGGAAUUGGCUAUAAUGGAAUGCCUCAGGGCUGUAAUGAUGACCUCAUGCCAUGGAACAGAAAUGCAGACAGCAUUCUUGACACAAAACAGCUCUAUGUGUGCCAUGCAGAGUUGAAUGCUGUAUUGAACAAGAACUCUACUGACGUGAAGGACUGUACAGUGUAUGUGGCUCUCUUCCCCUGUAAUGAGUGUGCCAAAGUUCUCAUUCAAUCCCGGAUAAAGGAAGUAGUGUACUACUCUGACAAAUAUCAUCACAAAGUCGAGUUUGUGGCUUCUCGAAGGAUGCUGGACAUGGCUGGCAUCAAACACAGACAAUAUAGACCAAAACAGAGUAGAAUUGUUAUAGAUUUCUCAUCAAUAGAGGCAGUGACUAAUGGAGUAAGCACAUCAACUGAAGAACCAAAGAUUGUCCAGGGAGGACAGGUUACAUCUAAUGGAGACGCGAAGUGAUUGUCACUGUUAAGGAAAUGCAAAAUGAUGUAUGAAAUAGACUACAGUAUCUGAUUGCGAAGGACAUAUAUUGAUGUAUCUAAGUAAAUGUUAUAGUGCUAGUUUUCUCUGAACUAUUUCUGUGUGGGGAUGUAUGGCACAGGUUGUGAACGUUCACUAGUAUUAUUCAUCACAUGUGCUUGUAUCUGGUAACCAAUAGCCCAAGUUAAAAUCUGAUAUCUAUGAUAUACUAUGUAUAGUAUAUAUACAAGUACAUGGUAUAUUGGGUUGUUAUUAUCAGAAACUCACGAAGCUCAACUAUACCAACAUUACUACAUGUGUAUCUGUAUAAGCCUCUGUCUGGUAAUAAGCUCACUCAUGUCUACAAGAGUUUGGUAAAAUGAUCCAUGGUUAUUGGGCCAUUAUUCAACCAGCCAAUGUCUUUGUCAUCUCCCUUAGGAUCAUACAGCCGGAGCUGCCAUUUCAGCACUAACAAAUUACACAGGACAUUUCUUGCACUGCCUUAACACGUACUCAUUUACAGCUGAGUCGACAGUAUCACAACAGAGUAAAGUAUCUUGUUCAAGGAUACAACACAGCAAGCAUGCUGGGACUCGAACUAAUGACUCUUUGGUCACAUAGCCCUGCAUCCUACCACUAGACCACUAGACUACCAUGGCUCCGUGAUAAUAAUACUAUUUUAAUGUCCUGUAAUAAGCCCACUGUGCUAUUUUGUGUCAGAUUUUAUGUAUUAGCAGCAUGGACUUAUUACAGGACAAUCCUAUUGAUGUGUCAGCCAUUGUGUUGACCAGCUGCAAAUGUUUGUGUUAAGUGUAACAAAUUUGUUUCAUCCAAUUAUUGAGAAUUUUAUAUCACCUCAGAUGAAGUCUCAAUUGACAUAUUCUAAACACCAUUCAAAAAAAAAUUACAUUUACAACUCCUUCUCAAUAACCAAGAAGCCUAGACACCUAGAAUCGGGCCUAUAGCAUGAUGGGGUGAAGGGCUAUCAAGAUCGUUGAAAUCAAUUACCUUGACCUUCAUUAAGGUCACUGGAGUCAAAUAUGCUAAAACCUUUCAAUGACUUCUAAUUGAGCAAGAGGUCCAGAGAACUCAUAUUGGGCCUUUAGCAUGCUGAGGUUAGAACUUUUAAUAUUGUUGAAAUGAAUGACCUUGACCUUCAUUCAAGGUCACAGGGGUCAAAUAUGUUGAAAACUUUCGAGGCCUUCUUCUCACUAAAUGGAGGUCUGGAUACCUGAUAUUGGGCCUUUAGCAUGCUUGGGUGAAGAACUAUCAAGAGUGAUGAAAUGAAUGACCUUGAUAUUCAUUCAUGGUCACAGGUGUCAAAUAUGCCAAAAUCAUUUAAACGUCUUCUUCUUGAGAACAAAAACACUUGAUAUUUGGUCUGUAGCAGCCUCUUGCAAAAGUGUAUUUACAGUGUCAUCGGAAAGAAAAAUGAAAGACAUUCAUUGACCCCUGAGCAAAAGUAAAAAAAAAAAAAAAAAUGCUUAGAAUGUUUGUAUCCUUCAGGGACUUUUUCAUCCUACAUGGUCAGUACAUUAACUUUCAUAUUAUGUAUACACAAAUAUUUAUGAUAGUUUUAUACAAUGUUUUGCAAGAUUAUUCAGGAUCAAGAUAUACAUUGUAUUUGGAUUUAAUGGGCACUUUGUUCCUAUUUAAAGAGAUUCUUUAUGUAAGAUCCCCAAUGGUGGUGUGGUGGUAUCUGUAUUUUCCCUGAAGCAGCCAGGUUGAAUUUUGAUUAAUUUAGAAAGUUUUACAUUCACCUGCCUAACCAUGUAGUCUUUUUUUGGUACUCAGAGUUACUUAAAUAUACAGCCCCCUGUACAUUUCCAUCUGAGACAUCAUCAGUAUUUCUUAUUGUACAAGUUGAUCACUUCAGUCAAUUCAGUCAGUCAAUUGUAAAAUGCAUAUUAUAGGUAAAAGUAUAUUAUUAUAUUAUAAGUGAAAGUGUGUAGCUACAUAUCAACAGAUAGUUGAGUUUUUUGCUUUAUGAAAAUAGAAUGUUCAAUAAAAUAAAUGAUGUAUUGAGAAAUUA